AUGGCGGAUGAUUUAUCAAAUUACAAACUGCAACUUCUACAGGUGGAAGGAGCACUACUAGCUGAUGGUGACAAUGAGGAGUUGCUGAAACUAAAGGCUGACUUGGAAGAAGUAAUAGAGUUAACACAAGAUCUUGUAAAAUCACAAGACGGUGACUCCAAAGUGUGUAAUACUCAUGGAUCUGGUAACGAUCGUGGUGCUGCAGCAUCCGUGUUGGCGGCCGACGAUGAGGGAAGCUCACACAAACACUUUUACAACUCCCAAGUUGGCGAGACAUGUUUGACGAAAAAUGGCAAGGAGAACAACAAAGAAUACCUCAUGAAGAAAAAGCAGAAGAAACAACAGAGAUUGAAACAAUAUGAGAAAGAAAGAGAAGCUGGGAAGAACAAAUAG